GCUGCUGUCGUAAGAGGACAUCCGGUCCCGCUCCUAGUGUCCGAAACUGACUCGGUCCUCCUUGCGUGGGUCUCAGUAGCUUCUGCCCCCGGGGAGUCGUGGUCAGCGGGCUGCAUUUGCUGUUGCCGCGGGCCGGCACCACGCCAUUCCCUGCCCCUCUGCCCCGGAGUGAGCCCGGCCUCCCCGUCAGGAAAGAGGGAGAAAAUGCCUAAAAAAAAGACGGGAGCCAGGAAGAAGGCAGAGAAUCGCCGGGAACGUGAAAAACAGCUAAGAGCAUCAAGAAGCACCAUAGAUUUAGCAAAACACCCAUGCAACGCUUCAAUGGAAUGUGACAAGUGUCAGAGGCGGCAGAAGAAUCGAGCGUUUUGCUAUUUUUGCAAUUCUGUACAGAAGCUACCAAUUUGUGCACAGUGUGGGAAAACAAAGUGCAUGAUGAAGUCUUCAGACUGUGUCAUAAAGCAUGCUGGUGUCUACAGUACUGGCCUUGCAAUGGUGGGUGCAAUAUGUGACUUCUGUGAGGCUUGGGUUUGUCACGGUAGGAAAUGUCUCAGUACGCACGCCUGUGCCUGCCCUCUUACUGAUGCUGAGUGUGUGGAGUGCGAACGAGGUGUCUGGGACCACGGAGGCAGAAUAUUCAGUUGUUCUUUUUGCCAUAACUUUCUCUGUGAAGAUGAUCAAUUUGAACAUCAAGCCAGCUGCCAGGUUUUAGAGGCGGAAACAUUUAAAUGUGUUUCGUGCAAUCGGCUUGGUCAGCAUUCUUGUCUUCGCUGUAAGGCUUGUUUCUGUGAUGACCACACAAGGAGCAAAGUAUUUAAACAAGAAAAAGGAAAACAGCCUCCAUGUCCUAAAUGUGGACAUGAAACUCAGGAAACUAAGGAUCUCAGCAUGUCAACACGCUCCCUGAAAUUUGGCAGGCAGACUGGAGGCGAAGAGGGAGAUGGAGCUUCUGGGUACGAUGCCUAUUGGAAGAGCCUUUCAUCUGAUAAGUAUGGUGAUGCCAGCUUCCAUGAUGAGGAGGAUGAGUAUGAAGCCGAGGAUGACGAAGAGGAGGAAGAAGAAGGUGGAAAGGAUUCAGAUGCUGAGUCAUCAGAUUUGUUUACUAAUUUGAAUUUAGGAAGGACCUAUGCCAGCGGCUACGCUCACUAUGAAGAACAAGAGAACUAGGAGAGCUGCUUGCCCAUCGGUGGCCUGCCUGAGGUGGGCAGGAAAUUGUGAGCUUGAUGACUUGUGUGUGGAUGUUUGGAAGUACUGUCACUUAGCCUUGUGCAAAAGACUAGUCACAAUUACCGAAGCAAGGAGUGAGUAGGGCGUAGCAUUUUUAUAGGAACUGAUAAUCAGGCUUAUAGCGUAAGAAAAAUGAAUUUCUAAUGUAAGACGUUUAUUGAUCCAAGCAACUGAAGCAUCGUGGAUUGGAUUUUUUCCGAUUUUAGUAAUCUGGUAGGUUUUGCCAAUUAAAUAUAAAUACAUAUACGGGAUAAUGGAAUAGGAUGGUAAUAUAUUUGUUUGGAAUUAGAUCGCUGUUUUUAUGGAAAAAAAACUGCUUAUAAAUUCGCUUUGUCUGACUUUGUAAAAUGUAAUCGGUAAAAUGAAUUAUUGUAUUUUUCCUUGUAUGUCCAUAGGAUACAAGUCAGAUGUUAUAUGCUACAUUUUCAUUAAAUCUUCACGUUAUCUUGUGUAGUCAUGAUGUGUAUGUUUUUGGAACUGAUUCAUUUAUUUCUUUCUUCACAAUAUAUGUUCUGGACAGUACCUAUUAUUAAUGCCUAAAUGUAUAGACAAAGGUGAUUAUAUACCCAUUUUUCAGAGUCACAGAAUCAGAAACAGUAUUAUUACACAGACGUUUUACCCAGGAAAUUUCAUUUCUCUUUGAAUAAAUCUAGUAUCACAGUUA